GAACGGCGGAAGCAGCAGCAGGGCGCCCGUGGAGGUGACCGGAUCGCAGACAGGUGCAUCAUUUUGGAAAUAACAGAUAAAACACGAAGCAGAAGCAAAGAAGACAUAUUCAUUAUUUUUAUCUAGCAGUGCACAAACGUCGUCGGUGCCAUGGGAGCUCACCUGGUCAGACGGUACGUCACCGAGACAGAGACCGAGCCGGACCCGAAGAAGAAGUCUCAGUUUGACCCCGAGUACGGCUUCGCGGAGAGGAAGGAGAGAGAGAUGGUAGCAACUCAGGAGCAGAUGAACUUGGCCCAGCUGCCUCUGGAGCAGAGGGACUACUGUGCCCAGUAUCUCCUGAAACUCAUGAAGUGCAAGAGGGACAACUGGCCCAACUUCCUGGCCUGCAAGCAUGAGAGACACGACUGGGACUAUUGCGAACACCAGGACUAUGUGAUGCGUAUGAAGGAGUAUGAGAGAGAGAGGCGGCUCCAGCUGAGGAAGAAGAGGAUCGAGGCUCACGCUGAAGCUGCAUGAUCAGUACACCCUCUGAUACUUCUUCUCUGUAUAUAUGUGCUGCUGUUCACAAUAAACAAUAUUGUUUAAGCUCUA